AUGCCUGCGUUCAAGUGUACCGUUUGUGCAGCUUAUGCUGGCGAUGCAGGAAAGUGCGGGAGGCGCGGAAAAGGCGCCACCGACCUGCAGACACAGUCCUUCCGUAAACACGCUGGCACGGCGAAGCACAAGCUGGCGGUUGAGAGACAGAGAUCUGAAGAGGAGUGCGGUGGACGGCAGCCUCAGAUCGACCACCAUCGCGCCGCGGUUGACAGUGAGAAGAUGCGGACAGUUGCCCUUCUGGACUCGUUGCUGUUCAUCAGCAGGUCCGACGCGCCCAUGGGGAUGUGGGUCAAACUGGUGCGGUACUUGUCGGAGAAGGGCGUGCAAGGCUUCCUGAAGAGAGGGUACGGCACCUACUACACCACGGAGGCACUGGCGGCUAAAACAGCCGCAGAGAAGAUUCCCGCCUUCAACGUUAUUGACACGGUGAUCCGCACCGUGGCUGAGCAUCUCGGUCGUAGUGGGCCAUGGCAUCAGCGGUUCAUGGGGCUGCAGGAAGUCUUCACCUCCACCUCACUGGAGCUGCAAGGGAUCCAUGCGGUCCGUUGGCUUUCGCGGGGCGACGCGGUGCUCAGGCUCGUCGCCGUCCUUCCGGCUCUCAUCGUGAUGUUGAAGGAGUGGGACGCGACGCUCUAUGCGCUGGUGACGAGCUACAGGUUUCAUUUCUUGCUGUUUUUCAUUGCAGAUGUGCUUGAGCAGCUGAACAUCCUCAACAGGGCCUUCCAGCACAAGGAGCUUGAUUAUGCCAGCGUGCAUGCGCAGAUCAAACGUACAACAUCCCACAUCGAGAGCCGCUACGUCGACUGCGGAGACGACUUCGGUGGCGGUGUUAGCGAGCUGCUGUCCCCCUUCAUCGCGCGCCAUGGGCCUGGUGGAAACCGGGAGGUGAAGGUUGAAGGGAUUGAUUCGGACGGCCGACCAGCACGCUUCAAAUUCGUGCUGCACGAGGACGAGCUGGAGGAGUUCGAAGGGCCCGGCACACACGAUGGCUGCGUGGAGGUGUGCACGGAGUUCGCCGAGGUGAUCGUGCACCAACUGGAGCACCGGCUUGGCGACCUGAACGGGAUGUCCGGCGCAAGGCUCUUCACCCCCGACGAGUACCCGCUGGAGCGAGGAGAGAGGAACCACAUGUGCCUCGAGUGGCUGCAGUCGCUAGUCACGCUGUUUAAGGCCGACCUGACCGAUGAGAUCCUGCCAGGUAAGCCAUUUAGGAGGUUGCUUUAA